UCGGUCGCUCGGAGGUGCCAGCUGCUGCUUGGUCACUGGGCCCGAGGCUCGGUCGCUCGCGGUUCGAGACGAAAUCCGGCUGCGAGUGCUCCAAACCGGUUGGCUCCGCUGCUUCCGCCCGGCCUGCGGCCGUUGCCGGAGGCGCCCGCAGCAUAUCAUAAGUUCCUUUCUUCCGCCGCAAGAAGCCCAGCCACCGCCACCUGUUCGGCUUCCUUGAUAUAACCGUCCAUCUCGAUUCGAUCCGCCUCGUCACUCACGAACGCACGAAUUCACCAACCAAACUCCACUGUCUCCAACUCUCCAUCGCGUCUGCUACGCCUCUCCUGCAGGACGACCAAUGGCUUCCAGGAAGUUCUUCGUGGGUGGCAACUGGAAAUGCAACGGUACUGGCGAGGACGUGAAGAAGAUCGUCACCGUGCUCAACCAAGCCGAGGUGCCCUCUGAAGACGUCGUCGCAGGUCAAGGGGCUGCUGCGGCUGGACUUCGCCGUCGCAGCGCAGAACUGCUGGGUGCGCAAGGGCGGCGCCUUCACCGGCGAGAUCAGGUGCCCUGGGUCAUUUUGGGACAUUCUGAGCGCAGAGCUCUGUUGGGUGAAUCCAGUGAUUUUGUUGCUGAUAAAGUUGCAUAUGCACUCACUCAAGGUCUCAAGGUAAUUGCUUGCAUUGGUGAGACCCUUGAGCAGAGAGAGGCAGGAACAACAAUGGAUGUUGUUGCUGCACAAACAAAGGCUAUUGCUGAAAAAAUAUCAGAUUGGACAAAUAUUGUGUUGGCAUAUGAACCAGUUUGGGCUAUUGGUACCGGCAAAGUUGCAACUCCUGCUCAGGCUCAGGAGGUUCAUGAUGGUCUGAGAAAGUGGCUCCACUCCAAUGUUAGCCCUGCAGUUGCUGAAUUGACAAGGAUAAUUUAUGGAGGGUCUGUAAAUGGAGCUAACUGCAAAGAACUUGCAGCUCAACCAGAUGUUGAUGGAUUCCUUGUUGGUGGAGCCUCAUUGAAGCCUGAAUUCGUGGACAUCAUCAAGUCUGCCACUGUCAAGUCUUCAUCUGCCUAGUGUUUUGACUUUCAAUGCACCUGGAUGCUUGUCGUACUGAAUGCUGUUGAUCUUUUAAAGCUAUUGCCAUUUUACCAUCUCGUUUUGGUAUUCUAGCUCCAGUGCAUCGUUUGUAUAUCAUCAUCUCCUGCGUAUGUGCACAGAGUAGUCAUUUACCUGAAUCAUCCUUGUGUACCCUUUGGAACUGCAUAAUUGAACUGCGCUAUUCUAGAUCUGUCCUCUCAUGGUUACUUCAAUUUAUGAGGUGUUGCAUCA